UGGGACGGCAGAGCGGGGAUCCAUUUGCAGCUUUAUUGAGAAUAGUCACCAAGGCAGACAGGGGCAAAGGCAAAGACAUAAACGGGACAGGCAAUGGUCGAGGCAGGCAGCAGACAAACUGUAUCGGGUCACAGGCGGAGAUCAGGGCAGGCAGCAAACAAUCACAGUCCAGUACACAGGCAAGGUUCAGGGCAGGCAGCAGAGAAUCACAACGAAUAAACAAUCCAACGGUAACAGGGUAAACAGUCCACAAGAAAACGCUCAGAGUUGAUCACCGGGGCAAAUCAAGACUUCGCAAAGGGUGUGUGUGUGUGUGUGUCUUAAAUAGUCCAGGUAAUGAUCUGCAGGUGUGUGUGGCAAUUGGUGAUUGGUGCAUGUGAUUGGAAGGGAGGAUUAUGGGAAGUGGAGUCCAGGAACUGACAGGAACAGACAGUGAUCGUGACAUAACGCCCCCCUUCCGGAAGGCGCGUCCUCGCGGCGUAAAUGGCACAGAUAGGGAGGGGGGGUGGGUACAUUGGAGACCUGUUGGCAGACGGGAACGGGGUCUCCAAUGCAGGUCCAGGAACUCGGGCAGCCACGGGGGGUCAGGUGCCACGGGCAGCCACGGCGGGUCAGGUGCCACGGGCAGCCACGGCGGGUCAGGUGCCACGGGCAGCCACGGCGGGUCAGGUGCCACGGGCAGCCACGGCGGGUCAGGUGCCACGGGCAGCCACGGCGGGUCAGGUGGCUUGGGCACCCACGGCAGGUCAUGGUCCGUAGCCGGCCACAGCAGUUCACAGGCGGUUGAAGACCGUGGGCGUGUAAGGUCCCCACCCGCAAGCUCAAGCAAUUCGGAGGCCGCUGAUGAUCGCGGCCGUGCAGGGUCCCCACCCACAAGCUCCCCACCCUCAGGUAUAUGGCCCCCCCCAAAAAAGUUCUUGGGGAAUUCAACGGAGGCCGUGGCGGUUUCGUGGGUAAGGAGCUCGGGUGGCGCCGGCAGGGCGAGGAGCUCGGGUGGCGCCGGCAGGGCGAGGAGCUCGGGUGGCGCCGGCAGGGCGAGGAGCUCGGGUGGCGCCGGCAGGGCGAGGAGCUCGGGUGGCGCCGGCAGGGCGAGGAGCUCGGUGCCGGCCUCCGUGGCUGUAUCAGGAAGAGCGGAUUGCUCUGGGACGGCAGCGGACUGCUCUGGGACGGCAGCGGGCUGCUCUGGGACGGCAGCGGACUGCUCUGGGACGGCAGCGGACUGCUCUGGGACGGCAGCGGACUGCUCUGGGAUGGCAGCGGGCUGCUCUGGGACGGCCUCCGGGCCUACAGCGGGCUCUGGGAUGGCUUCCGGGCCUACAGCGGGCUCUGGGAAGGCCUCCGGGCCUUGAGGGCUGGAGGAAGCCUUCUUCCUCCUCCUCCUCCGUUUGAAUGGUUGAGGCGGUGGCUCUGUGCCUACCUCCUCGGUGGGCGCUGCAGCGGGCUCACGGGGUGGAGCGGACUCACUGGCUGGGACGACCCCUAUGUUCCCAGACACUGGCGGGGCGGCCAUCUUGCCCGUGGGCACUGGCAAAGCAGCCAUCUUGUCCAUAGCAUCCCGAGAGCUUGAGGGCGUAGCAACCGGCGAGCUUGAGGGCGUAGCAACCGGCGAGCUUGAGGGCGUAGCAACCGGCGAGCUUGAGGGCGUAGCAACCGGCGAGCUUGAGGGCGUAGCAACCGGCGAGCUUGAGGGCGUUGCAACCGACGAGCUUGAGGGCGUAGCGGCCAGCGGGCUUGAGUGCGAAGCGGCCGGCGGAGGCUUAGGAAUGCCAGCCGCUCGUGCUGAAGUCAGCGGUGGAUCAGCCACACUGGAACGCAACCCACCCUGCUCCCAAACAGAUCCAGAGACGUAACGUGACUCUAGAAGAACAGCGGGGACAUGACGUUGUUCUGGAAGAUCAGAGGAGACGUGACUUGGCUCACGGAGGUCAACUGUGACUUGACUUGGUUCAGGAUAAUCAGCGCUGACUUGACUUGGUGUUGUUAUUAUGGUGGCCGCCAUUUUGUGAGCGUCAUCUGGCGCGGCGGCCAUUACGUGAAUGGAUGAAGUGUCGCAUUUCUCCACGACACCCACAGUAAAUGGAGAGCCAACAGUCAAUAAAGCAUAAUCCAAAAACAGACUUAAAGAUGAACGGGGUCCCUCACGAAUGAGUUGUUUUUUAAGUGGCUGAUUGAUGCCCUCACAGAAAAAGUCUAUGAGCACGCAGUCCGGCAGAUCUGACCAAUAAGCAAUGUUCAAAUAUUCUGUGAUAUAAUCCUCUAUCGAUCGUGUGCCCUGCGUGAGUCCUAAUAACAAUUGUGCGAUGUUCCUACCGGGCCAUUGUUCUUCAGGAAAGCCGCUGGAUCCAUGUGUUGGCGAAGUCUUCUGUAAUGAUGGGACGGCAGAGCGGGGAUCCAUUUGCA